AUGAAGGCCCUCACUCUUCACAGAAUCCGCUGCAUCUUCGGGGCGUGCCUGCUGCACUUCUGUUUGGGCGGGUCGCACACGAUCGGCAAUCUCCUGCCCUACCUCAUUGGCUACGUCCGCAGCCGACAGGAGAUGCCCGCGGCCUCGUACAAGGAUGGGCUGAGUAUCUAUGCGUGGGCGGUGAUAAGCCAAGGCGUGGGAGGCUUCAUCGGCACGCUGGCGGGUCGUAGCAUUGGCGUCAAGAGGACGGCGCUCCUGGGCAGUGCGUGGCUCAGUCUGGGCCUGGCACUCUGCAGCGUGUGCGCGCAUGACCUUUCGCUCUUUCUCAUCGCGUACGGGGUUGUCACGGCUCUCGGCUGCGGCGUCGCGUACCCGGUGCCGCUCUCCGCGGCCCUCAGGCUCUCGCCGGCUCAGGACAAAGGAUGGGUCAGCGGACUGCUCUUCUUCGCACGGGGCCUGAGCGUCUGUCUCCUGUGCCCGUUGCAGAGCUUGUUUCUGCACCAGCCGGCGGAGAUGUUCCUGUCCCUGCCCACCUUCUUCAUCUCUCCCCUCUCAGUCUUCGGCAUCCAGGAGCCCUACGCGCUCCACCCGCCCUCAGAGGCCCGGCGUGCCUUCGCGCCCGCUGACGCAGAUGGCGAGCGAGUCAUUACAGAUCCCGUCGUCCUGAACCGCCUGCCGUCCUUGUUCAUCACGAUGGCACUAGGCUUCGCCGUGAUUCAGUUCAUCGGCAUCCUGCUCCUGGUUGAUCCCGAGGACGUGGGCGCGGCGGCGGAGGACUCGCCCACAGCCGGCGAGCAGCAGAAGCUGCUGUACGACGACCCCCGCGCAGCGACGUCAGGUCCCGGCUCUUACUCGUCGGUGUCUUCCUCGCAGCUCCUUUCUUCGCUGAUCUUGACGCCGCAGGACAUUUUCAGCUCCGUGUCCUUCUGGCUGCUGUUUCUCAUGCUGCUGCUUUCCUGGCAGUCGCUCUUCUUCGUGCAACUCUUCUGGAAGGUGCUUCCGCUCUACUCAGAGGCCUCCGUCGCAGCGGCGGCCACCGCCUUGCCCCAGCCGGACUCGGUGGACGCCUGGCUGUUCGCGCGCCUGCCGCCCGCGCUCGCUCCAGUCGGCGCGCAGCAGCUGCUCACGCGCUACCCCUUCGAAGGCGGCGACCCCUGGAGCCUCACGGGGCCUGCGUGGGCGCUCACAAAUGACUUCCUCCUCAGCUGCCUCGGCGCCCUCCUCGGCGUCAUCUGCUGCCUCGGCCGGCUCGUCUGGGGCUACAUCGGCGACGGCAUCGGCUACAUGCGAAGCACGGUGGUGAUGAACGCCCUGACCGCGCCCUGCCUCUUUGUCCUCUCCACCUACGCGCUGCAGUCGCCUCAGCUCUACACAGUCUGUCUCUCGCUGAUCCACGUGUGCCACGGAGGCACCUUCUCGCUGUUUCCCUCUCUGACGAGCGACCUCUUUGGCAGGAAGAACGUCGGUCCCGUUUUCUCUCUUCUCUUCGCCGCGCGCCUCGCAGCCGUUGCGUUGGCGUCGAUUUGGAUCAAUAUCGCUCUCUCCUACAACAGUUUGCAUGUCGUCGCCGCCGUCCUCGGCGUCUGCCACCUCGUCAGGUAA